CAUGCUUCAGAACUUCGAAACUUGAAGACCACAGGGGUUCAUUAAGUCACAUUUCUAAGAAACGAGCUGUUCUUUACCUGCUUAUCUUUUCCCUCUGAUUCUUGAGUUAUUAUUUUGUCCAUUGCAGUCAGAUUUUACUGAAACAACAUCUUCUAAUGUGAUUGAAUAAGAUACGUGUCUUUCAGGUAGUUUCUUGGUGUAUCAAUGGAUUCACGUGUGUCUGAGUUUCUUUUUGCUCACAUCUCCUAACACAUCCAGUUGUUCUUUUGUUCUUUCAGUUCUUAACAGGGAUGAAUUUUUGUUUCCUCUGACUCAUACUGGGGUGUACAUCUGUAAGCUAUGACACCACACUGUGAGGUAAUAACGUGCUAUAGACUUUAAUGUCACUGUAACCCAGAUAAGGUAUCCUUGUCUCGAGGUUAUGUUGCGUGUCUGAGUCACUUGGAGGAAGCAGAGGCUGCAUCUUAGGUGAUUUAUGGGCACAGAUUGGGAUCAGGGCCUGGAGGGCCAGAGGGAGCAGAGAGGAGGUAGAUGGGAAGGAACUGCCUGCAAUGAAGAUCUUUUUAUUUUUUUUUACUUUUUCCUGUAUUACACCGUGCUACUUGCACUGUAAUGCAGCUUCUGCUUUAUUGGGCAGCCUGUGGCAGACGGUAACUUCUCUAGCGGGAUAGUUGCAAAGAAUAGUAAGAAAUGUGUUGUAAAUUUGCGUGUUUCACUCAAAACAACUUCUUUUGGUGUAGAAACGAGCUUUUAGUUGAGGAAAGCCAAGGGUUUGGAGUUAUUUAGUUCAAGAGAACCUUAUGUGGCCAAGUAAAAUACUGAAGUGUCACUAUUACUCAGAACAACUUUCAGGUAAAUCUACAAGAGUCUGGAAUGUUUGGAAAGAAAUUGAUUUGUUCAAUAACAGCAACUGUAUGUUCUUGUGAUGUGGUGAGGCAAGUUGAGGCCUUUGCCUUACCUAUAAAGCACCAUUGGUUCUGGAAAUCCUAGGCUGUAUCUGCAGCCUGUUGUCUUGCUAUGGAAGUUCCUUGCUUUGGAAACUGAGGUUAAGUAACAACGGAGUGUAUUUGAGAUGGCUCGGUGUUAUUCGGUUUGAUCAGAAGGAGGCGGCUCUUUUGGGGACAGCAUUUAGCAAAUGUGAUGUUGAUGGGUUGUGGAGGUUGGGUCCUUGUGAUGUGUUUCUACUUUUUGUGUUGGAAAAUACUUGAUGAGCAGCGUGAGGAGCUUGAAUCGUUCAGAUUGAGGAACGCAGCGUGGAAGUGUACGUGAAAAUUUGAAGAAGUAGAAUAUUACAAAGUUCAUCCUCAAUAAUUUUGCUGUAAUGGUAGCUUUCCCUUUUUAGCUUUGCUAUGAUUCAUUGACUAAACAUGUGCCUUCAAAUUAUGGCCUUAUUUAAACUAAACAGAUACCCUGCACUGAUCAGGGCCAAGUUCUUUUCUCAAAUUUUACUGCAUUAUUAAAUAGGCAAUGUUGGGUUUGAUGCAUAUUAGGAACAUUAAUUAGUUCAGUGGAGACUUAACGUUCAGAAAAUGGCAUCAAAAAUAUCAUAGGGAAUUUGACUAUUUUCUUUUCCUGUUAACGUUGUUAGAGGCUGAGGAAGGAAAAUUACAGAUCAGUGAUAAAUUACGUAGCUUAGUAUGUUUCUUUCACACAGUAUUGAUGCGGGUGCCUGAAAUGUUGUCCUGUCUGGCAAUUUAAGUGGCAGGUCUAAGCAAUCCUACAGCAACAGAUUCAAUAGUUUGGCCUCGCUUUCAGUUAGAUUAUUGUUUGGUAAAUCCAGUGUUUUUUGGUUUGUCUUCUAAGCAAGCAAAAGUGUUAAUUUAUAGGUAACAUAAAAAGAGAAAUAUGGCUUUGUACUGUUUUUUUCUAUUGUUUUAUUUCUAGAGCCGUUAACAGACUAUUUGUAAGGUUUGAGUACGUGAGGCAAUAGAGGAAAAGGAGCAAAAUCCUGAGGAGAGGUUUUGGGCUGCGUAGAUGUGCUUCCAUUUCUGUGGCAUGCUGGAGUUUCCCUGCUAGGACAGCUGAGUAAAGUGGCUGUAGCUGGUAUCUUACAUUGGUCUCAUUACUCAAGACCUCCCAGUUCUCUUCUGUCAUGCUUGAAACAAACACCACUAAACGGUGUGUUUGUCAUACUGGGAUAACAAAACCACUGUUUCAAGGUACAGAUAAUGUAUCACUGCAUCUUUUAACAUACAAAUCCCUUGCAGGUGAUGCUCCACUCAUACUGAAGUAAUACAGCCUAACGCUUUGAAUUAAAUAGCAGAAUACAGAGCUUUGUACUUUAACUUUUCUUUUGACUUUUUGCCUUUCCCAUCUUGCCUAAUUCUUCCUCUGCUAUUUUUCACCACACAGGUGCAAACAUUUAAUUGUUUUGCAGAUACUGACAGCUGGACUUAAUUUGAAUUGCUAUGAAAAGGCAUUCUUGCUCUACUGGAGGAAAGUAAAACAUCUUAAGGAAAACAGGAAGGACUCUGAAUGUGAAGUCUAAACUUAGUUGAUGUGCACCUCGUGCCAGUUUCUACCUCCUACAUGUUAAGUUCUCUAACACACAGCUUUGUUUCUUCUCAUGCUUUGCAAAGGAGCUACUUAUAAGGAGAAGCACUGCAAGAAAUCAAGAUGAUGGAUACAGCAUCUUAAGCAAGAGCAGAAGACUGAAGCCCAUUCUGGGGCAGAAUGAGUUUAAAAGAUGCGGACAGUGCAGUUUGCCAGACAAAAGCAGCCUAUAAUCUUCAUGUUUACCCCCAACUCUCAACAGAAAGUUCUGCCUGCUGCAAAGUGACAGCAACGAAGGAUACCACGUCUUCAGAUGUCAUCAAGGAUGUGAUUAAUAUCUUAAACUUGGAUGUCUCAAAAAAUUAUGUGCUUGUGGAGGUGAAAGAAACAGGUGGUGAAGAAUGGGUACUUGAUACAAAUGAUUCUCCUGUUCAUAGGGUUCUACUUUGGCCUCGUCGCGCUCAGGAUGAGCAUCCUCAAAAGGAUGGGUACUAUUUUCUUUUACAAGAAAGAAACACUGAUGGGACCAUCAAAUAUGCCCAGAUGCAACUGCUUUCCAAGGAGACGGAUGCUCGACGGCUGGUUGAAAGAGGUUUUCUUCCAUGGCAGCAGGAGGACUUUGAUGACUUGUGCAAUAUUCCCAACUUAACAGAGAAAACACUUCUAGAAAAUCUCAAAUGCCGCUUUCUAAAACACAAAAUUUAUACCUAUGCAGGAAGUAUUCUGAUUGCAAUUAACCCCUUCAAGUUCUUGCCCAUUUAUAAUCCUAAGUAUGUCAAGUUGUAUGAGAAUCAUCAACUCGGGAAGUUGGAGCCUCAUAUUUUUGCCAUUGCCGAUGUGGCUUAUCACACAAUGCUUAAAAAACACGUUAACCAGUGCAUAGUUAUAUCAGGUGAAAGUGGUUCUGGAAAAACUCAAAGCACAAACUUCUUAAUUCACUGCCUCACAGCACUGAGCCAGAAAGGGUACGCGAGUGGUGUGGAGAGAACUAUUCUAGGAGCUGGACCAGUUCUGGAGGCAUUUGGAAAUGCAAAAACAGCACAUAACAAUAACUCCAGCCGUUUUGGAAAGUUUAUUCAAGUCAAUUAUUUAGAGAAUGGUGUUGUCCGAGGGGCUGUUGUUGAAAAAUACCUGCUUGAAAAAUCUCGACUUGUUUCUCAAGAAAAAGAUGAAAGGAACUACCACGUCUUUUAUUAUUUGCUACUUGGAGUCAAUGAAGAAGAGCGUAAAGAAUUUCACCUUAAACAACCUGAAGAUUAUUCCUACCUCAAUCAGUGUAACUUGAAAAUUGAAGAUGGGGAAGAUCUCCGGCACGACUUUGAAAGAUUAAAACAAGCAAUGGAGAUGGUUGGCUUUCUUUCAGCAACAAAAAAACAGAUUUUUUCAGUGCUUUCAGCUAUUCUUUACUUGGGCAACGUGACGUACAAGAAGAAAGCUACAGGCCGUGAUGAAGGAUUGGAAGUAGGACCUCCUGAAGUGCUGGACAUUCUUUCCCAGCUUUUGAAAGUCAAACGUGAAAUUCUAGUGGAAGUGCUGACAAAAAGAAAAACGGUGACUGCUAAUGAUAAACUUAUUUUGCCGUAUAGUCUCAGUGAGGCCAUAACAGCCCGUGAUUCAAUGGCGAAGUCCUUGUACAGUGCUCUGUUUGAUUGGAUUGUUCUGCGAAUUAAUCAUGCGCUCCUUAAUAAGAAGGACAUGGAGGAAUCUGUUACAUGUUUGUCCAUUGGUGUACUUGAUAUUUUUGGGUUUGAAGACUUUGAAACCAACAGUUUUGAGCAGUUCUGCAUAAAUUAUGCAAAUGAGCAGCUUCAGUAUUACUUUAACCAGCAUAUUUUCAAAUUGGAACAGGAGGAAUAUAAGAGUGAAGGGAUCACUUGGCACGAUAUUGACUAUACUGAUAAUGUGGCCUGCAUUCACUUAAUCAGCAAGAAGCCCACAGGUCUCUUCUAUCUUCUGGAUGAAGAAAGCAAUUUUCCACGUGCCACCAAUCAAACUCUACUAGCAAAAUUCAAACAGCAGCAUGAGGAGAACAAGUUUUUCGUUGCAACCCCAGUAAUGGAACCUGCUUUUAUUAUUCGACAUUUUGCUGGAAAAGUCAAAUACCAGAUAAAAGAUUUCAGAGAGAAGAACAUGGAUUACAUGAGGCCAGACAUUGUUGCUUUGCUGCGAAGCAGUGACAGUGCCUAUGUUCGGGAGCUGAUAGGAAUGGACCCCGUCGCUGUGUUCCGCUGGGCCGUUCUACGAGCAGCUGUUCAGGCCAUGGCUGUCUUUGCAGAAGCUGGACGCCAGAGAGCUCAGAAGACUGCAGGAGUGGUGCGUCAAGGACCCAGAGUUCCCCUUGGAGAACUCCAGAGAUCGAAUACACCAGUAGAAAAAGUUUACCGCCGCUCAAUGCUUGAUUUCUCAUUUGAUUGUUCUGAGGAUUUCGAUAUAAAUGCUUUUGAAGACAUCAUUUCUUUUUAUGAAAACAAGAAAGACAUGCAUGAGCAAAUCAUCGCAAGUAUAAAAGGACUUCCAUGGCAGGGAGAUGAUCCCUGUAAGCUGCUUCGGUCACUCAAUCGACUCCAACACCGCUCCCACUUCAUGAAAAGUAAAGCUAUCAAACAAAAGCAGAUCAUUCCAAAGAAUUUGUUGGAUUCCAAAUCUCUGAAGCUUAUAGUGAGCAUGACUCUACAUGAUCGGACUACAAAAUCCCUCUUACACUUGCACAAGAAAAAGAAACCCCCUAGCAUAAGUGCACAGUUCCAGACUUCACUUAAUAAAUUAUUGGAGACAUUGGGGAAAGCUGAGCCAUUCUUCAUCCGUUGUAUCCGCUCCAACGCUGAGAAGAAAGAAAUGCUCUUUGAUGAAAACUUGGUGCUUCAGCAGUUAAGGUACACUGGCAUGCUUGAAACUGUGCGAAUCAGAAGAUCUGGUUAUAGUGCCAAGUAUACAUUCCAGGAAUUCAUAGAUCAGUUUCAGGUGCUGCUUCCCAAAAAUGCCAAAGCCUCUAAAGAAGACAUUUUUGCUUAUUUGAGUAAACUAAAAUUGGAUAAAAACAACUGUCAAAUAGGGAAGACCAAGGUUUUUAUGAAGGAGGCUGAGCGACAAAUACUACAGGAUACACUACACAAAGAAGUGAUCAGGAAGAUCAUUCUCCUCCAGAGCUGGCUCAGGAUGGUUUUAGAAAGGAGACGCUUUCUCCGAACACGGCAAGCAGCCAUUGUUUUACAGGCUUGCUGGCGUUCCCGCUGUGUUAGGAGGGCUCUGCAAAGGAAUAAUGCUGCCAUUUACAUUCAGUCAGCAUGGCGAAGAUACAGGGAGCAAAAAAGUUACCUUGAACAGAGGAAGAGAAUUUGUCUUGUGCAAGCCAUGGUCAGAGGGUAUCUUCAGCGUAAGAGAUUUCAGAAAAUGGUUAUGGAAAAGCAGAAAGCUGAAGAAGAGCAGAGAAAAAUGCAGGAAGCUCAAGAGAGAGAGAAUGAUAUGAGCAAGGAUGAGGGCAGUGAAGCAAAACCAGAUCAAUUGCCUGUGAAACACGAGUCAGCAGAGCUGGAUCAAGUUGUUGAGGGUAAAGAUGAAGUUCCAAGUGAGCAAACCGAAAACCUGGGCUCAUCUGAAACAGCCACAUUGCCUCAGAAGAAUGUGAUAGAGGGCUCUGAGAAAGUAACGAGCAGCCGAGAGAAACGUGAAUUUCGCCGGCAGAGGGGGCUGGAACAUAAUGAGCUACAGAAUAAGCAUGUCCAGUUUUCCUUUGAAGGAGGAGCUUUACUGUGUCUUGAAGAGCAAACCUCUUCUGAAGAGGCCCUGGAAAACAUUCUGGAACCAAAAGAGUCCAGAGAACAAGAUGUUGUCCUACAAGGAAGCAAUGAGAAAGAACAAAAUGCAAAUGAUGGAAAGGCCAUUUCAGACACACCACUGUUAAGUGAGAUAAAAGAAAGUAGCUGUAGUCCUGAGCAACCACCUGCAUUGGAAGGUGAAGGAGUAGAUAAGACUGUUAACAGAGGGAUGAAAACACAAGAGAACCAAAAUAGCCAACUGAAAGUCAGCCAGAGCUGUCCUGAAAGGCCAACAAAUCUUGCACUGAAUCUUGAAAACACGCUACUUGCUACUGGGAGCUUUCAAACUCCAGCUGAAUCUUGGGGAGAUAAAAACAGACGGCCUGUUCAGAAGGAAACCAAGGAUCUGGAUAGUCCUACUUCUUCCCAGAUCCAGAGAUAUGUGGAUGACCCAGGAAAACUGAAGUAUAAGAGAGAAAAAUGGAAAGGAAAGAGGCAGUCUGAUGCUGGUCAGAAUGAUAUGCUGAGCCAGUCUUUGGAUGGAAGAACACGUGCAGAUCAGUCUCCUCAGGAUCAACUAGAAAAGAAGGGGACUUCAUCUUCAUUAAAUGAUCUCUCAGUGCUGGCCCAUGCUGCCACAAGUCAGCAAUCACCAGAUGCAAUAGAAGAAGAAAAAGGCAGCAAGAAAUAUCUUUUGCAAAAGAAGUCGAGUGACCUACCUACCUCUGAUUCAGUUGUUUCUAUGCAGCCAGCAAGCCAGCAAAUAGAUGCCAAGUCUGCUUUCAAAAGUCCUCUGCGUAGACUUUUGGGGAAAAAGCCAGACAAGAAAAUCCCAAAGGAGUAUCCUGAUGUGAUUGAUGAAGGAGAUGGACUCUCACUCACUUCGUGCAUCUUGUUUCCAGAAAUGGGAGGAGCACAGAAGGUUUCUGAAGCUUCUUCUGGGCAGCCAAGUCGUAUCCAGGCAGGGGAGCGCCAUGUGAAGGAGAGCAGUAAAACAAAGAAGAACCGCACUAUUAAGAUCAGCAAGGUCUCAAAUGUGUCUCAGAAUUCUAUAGUCCGUGAGAUUGCAAAUGCCAAUGAACUGAAGCAUCUUGAUGAGUUCCUUCUAAACAAGAUCAAUGACUUGCGCUCCCAGAAAUCUGGUGUUGAAUGCUUGUUUUUUGAAGCCACUGAGAAGUUUAGAGGAAAUAUCAAGACCAUGUACUCUGCUCCUAAUGGGCAAAUCCACGUUGGCUACAAAGAUCUGGUGGAAAACUACCAGCUUCUAGUUACAAAUCUGGCCAAAAAAAGGGAAGAGAAAGAAGUGAAGCUGGUUUUGAAUCUCUUCCAAUCCCUUCUAGAUGAAUUCAUCAGAGGAUAUACAAAAAAAGAAGAAUCUGAACAGCCCAAGCAAACCAAAGCCCAGAAGAAGAAGCGAAAACAAGAUCGUGCAAUUGAAGAACACAAUGGUCAUGUAUUCACGAACUACCAAGUAAGCAUUCGGCAAUCAUGUGAGCACUGCUCAUCAUACAUCUGGCCCAUGGAAAAGGCCUGUCUCUGCAGUGUUUGCAAGUUGACUUGUCACAAGAAAUGCAUGUCCAAAAUCCAGAGCAGCUGUACAUCCUGUGGGAAAAAGAGUGAACAGGAUGCAGAACCACGUCACUUUGGAGUGUCUGUGAGUUCCCUGACCAGUGAGAGAAAUUCGGUCCCCAUUGUCAUGGAGAAGUUGCUAGAACAUGUGGAGAUGCACGGCCUCUACACUGAAGGCAUAUACAGGAAAUCAGGAUCAGCAAAUCGUAUGAAGGAGCUGAAACAGCUGCUGCAAGCAGAUCCCAGUUCAGUGAAACUGGAGAAUUACCCUAUUCACACUAUUACGGGGAUUCUUAAGCAGUGGUUACGAGAAUUACCAGAUCCACUAAUGACAUCAGCACAGUACAGUGAUUUUCUUCGUGCUGUAGAACUACCAGAAAAACAGGAGCAACUUUGUGCCAUUUACAGUGUCCUUGAACAGCUUCCACAAGCAAAUCAUGAUACCUUGGAACGGCUCAUCUUCCAUCUAGUCAAAGUUGCUUUGAUAGAAGAUGUUAACCGUAUGUCACCCAACGCCUUGGCCAUUGUUUUUGCUCCGUGCCUCUUGCGUUGUCCUGAUACCUCUGACCCUUUAACCAGCAUGAAGGAUGUUUCAAAAACAACCAUGUGUGUAGAGAUGCUGAUAAAGGAGCAGAUAAGGAAGUACAGGAUAAAAAUGGAUGAGAUAAGUCAGCUGGAAGCAGCUGAGAGCAUUGCUUUUCGACGGCUCUCGUUGCUUCGGCAGAAUACGCUAUGGCCUGUAAAACUUGGGUUUUCUUCCCCAUAUGAGGGGAUGCUGAGCAAAAGCCCACAGGUCAAAGGAAAUGACAGUGGCAAUUCAGAGCUGGGCUCUCUGCAUGAAGAAGAGGAAGUUUCUGAAGCUGAUAACCGAGAAAAGGAGAUUCUCAUUGAUCGGAUACAGUCAAUAAAAGAAGAAAAGGAAGACAUAACAUAUCGGUUACCUGAGCUUGAUCAGCGAGGCUCUGAUGAGGAAAAUGUAGACUCUGAGACCUCAGCAAGCACAGAGAGCCUGCUAGAAGAGAGAACGGGGCGGAUGGAUACCGAAGGAAUUACGAUUUCUGGAGUCCAGUGCUGCGCUCAGAGCUCUGACGUGCCUGCCAAAGACAUUUGCACAGUGCCUUCUCUUUUGCAAACCUCUUCAAGUUCUUUGUCUGCAUCCCUGGCUUCAAGACGCAGAUUGUCUUUUACACUGUCCAAGAUUAAGGUGCCCCGUCGAACUCCAGUGAUGCCAACAGCAAACAUCAAACUUCCUCCUGGGAUUUUCAAAUGUACCGAAUCUCAGGGCAAGGCUUCAGCUGAUGAAGAGUCUCCAAUAGUGGUGAGACGAAGGGAGCAGCCAGCAAUACGAACUGAUAAAGUCCACUCUAUCUACAUUGCACAAGGGUCUGCAAUGACCCACCCUCAGGAACUUUUAGAUGAAUAUGAACCAACAGCAAAAGUAAAACGGAGGUUUUCAGACCCUUAUUCCCACCUUGUGUGUACGGAGAAGUGAAAUACUGAAGCUGUCUGGAUCUUUCUGAAGUUGACUUUAGAUUUUUAAGGCUUUGAAGGCUGUGAACUUAUUCAUGAAUGUACAGGUAAAGAAAAAAUAGCGUCCCGUUUCUGCUGCCGUGCCUUCUUCCAUUUGCCUUACAGUGGACUUUAAUGGGACCAACAGUGAGUGUGGGUCAGUGUACGUUGCCUUAAUUUUGUAUGUUUUUAUGACGACUUUGUGCGGUUUACAGAACUGUUCGUGUUGUAAUAGCCUUAACUGAGACCAAAUGUACAAAAAUGUUCAUUAAUACAUUGCACUUUUUAAAAAAAUACA